CCAAGUAACUCUCCCCGAGGACAAGAGCCGCCGCUGCCGAGCGCAGCCCGAGUGCCUGGCUUAGGAUUGCCCCUGAAGCGGGAGGAGAGGGUGCCCCUCAGCCCGCCCGCCCGCCUGCCCGGCGCGAAGGUGCCAAGGAGAACUGUUGCUACUCCGGCGCCUUUGCCUUCCUCUCUUUCCAGCCGGGCAAGAGGAGGAAGAGGAGGAGGAGGAGGAGCCGGACUGGCUGGGAAGGCGAGCUUUGCUCCCGGCUGCCAGAGGGAGCGAGCGAGCGGCUGAGCGGAGACUCCUCGCAAAAGUUCUCCAAACUCCCCAUGGCUCCGGCGGUGGGAGCCGUCGGCUUGUUGGCGGCGCUCGCCUCCUUCGUCGCCCCCUCGGCGGCUCUUCUGGGAGCAGCCCGGGGACAGUUCUCGGCAGGGGGUUGCACCUUUGAUGAUGGUCCGGGGCCCUGUGAUUACCAUCAAGAUCCCUAUGAUGACUUUGACUGGGUUCAUGUUAGUGCUCAAGAACCUCAUUAUCUGCCACCUGAAAUGCCUCCAGGAUCAUACAUGAUAGUGGAUUCUUCCCACCACAGUCAUGGGGAAAAGGCUCGACUCCAACUCCCUACGAUGAAAGAGAAUGACACCCACUGUAUUGAUUUCAGCUACCUUCUGUACAGCAAGAAAGGGGCCAGUCCUGGGACUCUGAAUAUCUUGGUUAGGGUUAACAAGGGCCCUCUGGCAAAUCCUAUUUGGAAUGUGACCGGCUCUACAGGCAAAGAUUGGUUAAGGGCGGAGCUGGCUGUCAGCACCUUCUGGCCAAAUGAGUAUCAGGUAAUAUUUGAGGCUGAAGUAUCUGAUGGAAGAAAUGGCUACAUUGCCAUUGAUGACAUCCAGGUUCUGAGUUACCCUUGUGAUAAAUCUUCUCAUUUCUUGAGGCUGGGGGAUGUGGAGGUCAAUGCUGGCCAAAAUGCUACAUUCCAGUGCAUUGCUACAGGGAGGGAUGCAGUGAAUAACAAGUUAUGGCUGCAGAGACGGAAUGGAGAAGAUAUUCCAGUGGCCCAGACAAAGAACAUAAACCAUAGGCGAUUUGCUGCUACCUUUAAACUUCAGGAAGUGACAAAAACAGACCAAGAUUUAUACCGUUGUGUUACUCAGUCUGAGAGAGGAUCUGGAGUCUCCAACUUUGCUCAACUCAUCGUUAGAGAACCCCCUCGGCCAAUAGCACCCCCACAGCUACUUGGAGUUGGGCCAACGUACUUGUUGAUUCAGUUGAAUGCUAAUUCUAUUAUUGGAGAUGGGCCCAUUAUUCUGAAAGAAGUGGAGUAUCAUAUGACGACUGGGACCUGGACAGAAACCCAUGCUGUAAAUGCACCAACAUACAAGCUGUGGCAUUUGGACCCAGACACAGAGUAUGAGAUCCGCGUUCUUCUAACCAGACCUGGAGAAGGUGGCACUGGUCAGCCGGGCCCUCCCCUUAUCACCCGAACCAAAUGUGCAGAGCCAAUGAGAACACCCAAAACUCUGAAGAUUGCUGAAAUCCAGGCACGCCGUAUCGCUGUGGACUGGGAAUCUCUAGGUUACAACAUUACUCGCUGCCACACUUUUAAUGUUACCAUUUGCUACCAUUACUUCCGUGGCCACAAUGAAAGCAAGGCAGAUUGCUUGGAUAUGGACCCCAAAGCGCCACAGCAUGUGGUGAAUCACCUGCCUCCUUACACAAAUGUAAGCCUCAAAAUGAUCCUGACUAAUCCUGAAGGAAGAAAAGAAAGUGAGGAGACAGUUAUCCAAACAGAUGAAGAUGUGCCUGGUCCUGUUCCUCCAAAAUCAUUAAAAGGAACCCCCUUUGAAGAUAAAAUUUUUCUGAACUGGAAAGAGCCUAUGGAUCCAAAUGGCAUCAUCACACAAUAUGAGGUCAGUUACAGCAGCAUCAGAUCAUUUGAUCCUGCAGUUCCAUUGGCGGGGCCAGCUCAAACUGUAUCGAAGCUCUGGAACAGUACGCAUCAUGUCUUUUCUCACCUACAUCCUGGGACAACCUAUCAGUUUUAUAUACGGGCUAGCACUGUCAAAGGUUUUGGACCAGCUACCGCCAUCAAUGUGACCACCAAUAUUUCAGCUCCCACGUUGCCAGAUUAUGAAGGCAUUGAUGCAUCUCUGAAUGAAACGGCCACAACCAUAACUGUACUCCUGAGACCAGCACAGGCGAAAGGUGCUCCUAUCAGUGCCUAUCAAAUUGUUGUUGAAGAGUUGCAUCCCCAUCGGACCAAAAGAGAAACAGGUGCCAUGGAUUGCUACCAGAUUCCUGUCACGUAUCAAAAUGCUCUGAGUGGUGGCUCUCCAUAUUAUUUUGCUGCAGAAUUGCCACCUGGCAAUCUUCCUGAAGCAGCCCCUUUCACAGUUGGAGACAACAGAACUUAUCAAGGCUUCUGGAACCCACCUCUGGCUCCUCGGAAGGGGUAUAAUAUCUACUUUCAGGCCAUGAGCAGUGUUGAGAAGGAGACAAAAACUCAGUGUGUUCGCAUUGCUACCAAAGCAGCAGCAACAGAAGAACCAGAGGUAAUUCCUGACCCAGCCAAGCAGACAGACCGUGUUGUGAAAAUCGCAGGAAUAAGUGCUGGAAUUCUAGUCUUCAUUCUCCUCCUCCUGCUUGUUAUAUUAAUUGUCAAAAAAAGGAGGAGCUACUAUUCUUACUCCUACUACCUCAAACUUGCCAAGAAACGCAAGGACGCAAUGGGAAACACUAGACAAGAAAUGACCCAUAUGGUAAAUGCAAUGGAUAGGAGUUAUGCUGAUCAGAGCACCCUGCAUGCAGAGGAUCCUCUCUCGGUCACCUUUAUGGAUUCCCAUAACUUUAGCCCCAGAUUGCCCAAUGAUCCACUUGUGCCGACUGCUGUGUUAGUCCCUAUAACUGAUGAAAACCACAGCGCAACAGCAGAGUCGAGUCGCCUCUUAGAUGUGCCUCGGUAUCUCUGUGAAGGAACAGAAUCCCCAUACCAGACCGGCCAACUGCAUCCUGCUAUCCGAGUCGCUGAUUUGUUGCAGCAUAUUAACCUCAUGAAAACAUCAGACAGCUAUGGUUUUAAAGAAGAAUACGAGAGUUUCUUUGAAGGGCAAUCUGCUUCUUGGGAUGUGGCAAAAAAGGAUCAAAACAGAACAAAGAAUAGAUAUGGAAACAUAAUAGCAUAUGACCACUCCAGAGUGAUAUUACAACCUGUUGAGGAUGAUCCUUCUUCAGAUUACAUUAAUGCUAAUUACAUUGAUAUUUGGCUGUACAGGGAUGGAUACCAGAGACCAAGUCACUACAUUGCAACCCAAGGUCCAGUCCAUGAAACAGUCUAUGAUUUCUGGAGAAUGAUAUGGCAGGAACAAUCAGCAUGCAUCGUCAUGGUUACUAAUUUAGUUGAGGUGGGACGUGUUAAGUGCUACAAGUAUUGGCCAGAUGACACUGAAGUGUAUGGGGACUUCAAAGUUACUUGUGUGGAAGUGGAACCACUUGCAGAAUAUGUGGUCAGAACAUUCACCCUUGAAAGGAGAGGCUAUAAUGAGAUACGAGAAGUUAAACAGUUCCACUUUACUGGCUGGCCAGAUCAUGGAGUACCUUACAAUGCAACAGGCCUUCUUUCAUUUAUACGACGUGUGAAACUAUCUAACCCUCCUAGUGCUGGCCCUAUUGUUGUGCAUUGCAGGUGUGUAGAGAAGAGUGCUGGAGCUGGACGGACUGGCUGUUACAUUGUAAUUGACAUAAUGCUAGACAUGGCAGAAAGAGAAGGUGUUGUGGACAUCUACAACUGUGUCAAAGCGUUACGUUCACGUCGCAUCAAUAUGGUACAGACAGAGGAGCAGUAUAUCUUUAUUCAUGAUGCAAUUCUGGAAGCCUGCUUGUGUGGAGAAACUGCCAUCCCUGUAUGUGAAUUCAAAGCUGCCUAUUUUGACAUGAUUCGAAUAGACUCUCAGACAAACUCUUCGCAUCUCAAAGAUGAAUUUCAGACCCUGAAUUCUGUGACUCCUCGUCUACAAGCUGAAGACUGUAGUAUAGCAUGCUUGCCAAGGAACCACGACAAAAACCGCUUUAUGGAUAUGCUGCCACCGGACAGAUGUCUCCCUUUCUUAAUCACUAUUGAUGGCGAGAGCAGUAAUUAUAUCAAUGCUGCCCUUAUGGAUAGCUACAGACAACCUGCUGCUUUCAUUGUCACACAGCAUCCUCUACCGAACACUGUGAAAGAUUUCUGGAGAUUAGUCUAUGACUAUGGCUGUACCUCUCUUGUGAUGUUAAAUGAAAUUGAUUUAGCACAGGGGUGUCCACAGUAUUGGCCAGAAGAAGGAAUGUUAAGAUAUGGUCCGAUUCAAGUGGAAUGCAUGUCUUGCUCAAUGGAUUGUGACGUAAUAAACAGAAUUUUCAGGAUAUGCAAUUUAACAAGGCCUCAGGAAGGCUAUUUGAUGGUACAACAAUUCCAGUAUCUGGGAUGGGCAUCUCACAGGGAUGUUCCAGCAUCCAAGCGGUCAUUCUUGAAGUUGAUUCUUCAGGUUGAAAAGUGGCAAGAAGAAUGUGAAGAAGGGGAAGGGAGAACCAUAAUUCACUGCCUGAAUGGUGGAGGACGAAGUGGAAUGUUUUGUGCUAUAGGCAUAGUAGUGGAAAUGGUUAAAAGGCAAAACGUCAUUGAUGUUUUCCAUGCAGUAAAAACUUUACGGAACAGCAAACCAAACAUGGUAGAAACACCGGAACAAUAUCGUUUCUGCUAUGAUGUUGCAUUGGAAUACACUGAGUCAUCUUAGUGAGAAAGGAUGGAGGCACUCGAGUGAACCAAAUAAUAUGAAGCUUCAUAAACUGUGUUCUGGCAUCUGCUCUUGAACCUAUGAAGAAAAAUUUCAGUGAAGGGAAGACUUACUUUUUAAAUGCAGAAGUAUUUUUCUUAAUAAAUGGUGUAUCUUAGUUAUAUAUAUACAUAUAUAUAUAUAUAAAUAUAAAGAACAGUUUCUAUGCCUGUACACAGAAUGAACAUAUAGUGCCACAAAAAUAAAGAAGAGCCGAGGCAGCACACAGCUGCUGUUCGAGGUAGGACUUUUCAGUGUUUGUAUAUUCAGCUGUCUGUCUCUUGGCUACACUAAGAGCCACCAUCUGUUGCAUGUAUCUAUUUCUAGUCAACAUUUUAUUUUCUUCAUCCAUAAUUUGAUAAACUGUUAACAGUAAAACAAAACUGUGCAGAUGGAUAGUCUCUAUGGGUUUCAUGUGUUGCAAGAAGAAAAAUAUAAAUAGAUAUACAUAUAUGAUAACUGGCUUAUUUUGUUUUGAUGUGCAAUGAUGGCCUGAUCAAAGUUCUUUAUAAAAAAAAUUUAAACAUAAGCCAAAGACUCAAGUGUAAAUAUGUCUAUAUGAAGAAAAAAAAGCACACUGUAUUUAUUGUUUACUGGCAUUCCUUUUAUGAUGGCUGAACAAAAAAAAACAUUUUAUCUUGGAAACCUCUUUUUGUUGUUACUGAAAUCAAGUGUAAAUGAUUUUGUAGAUUAUUUUUUGUAUGUUUUUGUGUAAGUAGAGAGAGAAAGAAAGAAUUUUUAUGGGUAGACCAGAAAACAUUGGUAUCAUAUUGUUGUGUACAUGGUAAUGAAUGAGAUUAAUGACUUGGUUACAGAAGACCAAACUCAGACCAUCUGUUCUCAAAAUGCAGAGGGAUUUACCCCCUCCAUUUUAAUAAUAUGAAUCCUCUAGAAAUUGCACAUGUACAUGGCCUUUCUUUGGACUUCAAUGUUGAGAAUAACUUCAUGUUGGAACUUGGAUGUUUAAAAAGAAAAAAAAAAUGUUAAUGUUACAACUAAUGCUUGAAACAUGGCUCAAGCAAUCAAGGUUCAAUUAAGUAAAUAACUGUAUUUCUCUUAAUGUUGUGGGCACAAUCUAGACAGCCAUAGCAUGGGUAAGGAUGCACACACAACCUUUCACUUUCUAUCCCAGCAGUGCUAGCUUGUGUUUUUAAAUGUUUAGUUGCAAACAUCAUAUGGCUAAGCAGGCAGCCACUCCCUUACCCCCAUACAAUGUUGGCCAAAUGACUGGGUACUGUGAAAAAAAAAACCCUCCAGUGUGCAUACACAUCUUUCCCUGUGGUUGUCUAGAUCUGUGGCAAUGGAAGCUUUGUGUUCUGACAAAGCCAAAAUGGAUUGAAUCAAUUCCAUAGUUAGGAUAUAGCUUUGGUAUUGUUUUUACUUUGCUCUUCAUAUGCACGUUCAUAAGCCUUUGACAUAUUUUCAUAAUGAAAACUAUUCAUGAGUCCUGUUGAUUUUUUGAUCGAGAGUAAUUAACAAGGUGCUUUAAAAAAAACUCAUGUAAAGUAAGAGUGAAUUAA